AUGCGCCUUCAACAGCCCUCCGGGACUGGAACACCAGUUACCCAGACCGCAAAUGGAUCUUUGCAGACGCCUAGUGAUAUCCCCGAUAAUGCCACCGGCGAUGUGCCCAAGCGAACAGCGAUCAUCGGCAUGUCUUGCCGCCUCCCAGGAGACGUUUCGACGGCCGAAGAUUUCUGGGACCUCUGCUCUCGAGGCCGAAGUGCCUGGUCACCAAUCCCGAAGACCCGAUUCAACGCUGAUUCCUUCUAUCACCCUGAUCCCGAUCGACCAGGCUCCUUCAACCCAGUAGGAGCCCACUUCCUGAAAGAAGACGUUGGCCUAUUCGAUGCGCCGUUCUUCAACAUUACACUACAAGAGGCACGGUCAAUGGACCCGCAACAGCGCAUUUUCCUCGAAUGUGUGUAUGAAGCGCUCGAGAACGCUGGAAUCCCGAGCCAUGAGAUCACCGGCCAAAAGGUGGGAGUCUUUGCAGGCGGCUCAUAUUCCGACUACGAAAUCAACAACACGAGAGAUAUCACGGCUAUCCCAAUGUAUGCUGCCACUGGAACGGCCAUGGCACUGCAGGCGAAUCGGAUUUCUUAUUAUUUCGACUUGAACGGGCCUAGUGUUACGGUCGAUACAGCUUGCUCUUCUAGCUUGUCUGCUCUGCAUCUGGCUUCUCAGAGUAUUCGGAAUGGUGAAUGUUCAAUGGCUAUCGUGGGAGGAUGUCACCUGAAUAUAACCCCCGAGGCUUUCGUCUCGAUGACACGUUCCAGACUACUUUCCGACACUGGUCGCUCAUAUGCAUUUGAUCACCGCGGCACUGGCUUUGGCCGAGGUGAAGGUGCUGGAUGUAUUAUAUUGAAAUCUCUCGAGGAUGCAGAGGCUGCUGGAGACGCCAUCCGAUCUGUAAUUAUCAACAGUGGGCUCAACCAAGAUGGACGGACCAGAGGUAUUGCAAUGCCAAAUGGCGAGGCACAGGAGGCAUUGAUUCGUCAAGUCUAUAAAGAGGCACGGAUCGACCCGUCCUUGACAGGGUUUGUCGAGGCUCACGGCACAGGAACCAAAGUUGGUGAUCCCCUCGAAGCUACUGCAUUGAAUGCCGUCUUUGGAAAAGAACGCACCCCGCGUCAACCGUUGCUUGUUGGGUCUGUUAAAUCAAACAUUGGUCAUCUAGAAGGAACAAGUGGUGUCGUUUCUGUGAUCAAAACGGCCCUGGCACUUGAGCGAGGCUUCGUACCCCCAAACUGCAAUUUUGAGAAGGCGAACGGUGAGAUACCCAUGGAGAAGUGGAAUAUGAAGGUUCCCAAAAAGCUGAUGCCAUGGCCUCGUGGCAAACCAUACGCGAGUGUGAACAACUUCGGCUUUGGCGGGACCAAUGCCCAUGUUAUUCUACAGCGUGGUCCCCGAAACGAAGGCGACCUUGCCGCAAACGACGAUCCUCUCAAGCGCAAGUUGUACGUCGUCUCAGCGUAUGAUAAGCAGGCUGCUCUUCACCUUGGAAAAUCAGUUGCAGCGUACCUCGACCUUUUCCCAGUUGUUUUCAACGACAGCACUUUGGAUAACAUGGCCUAUACCCUCGGGCAGCGACGAACGUUCCUGCCAUGGCGAUUGGCAUCCUCUGCAGUCCUCGGUCAGGAGCUGACUGCAUCGCUAUGUAACGAUGCAGUACCUGUUCGUUCUUCCAAAGAGCCUACCAUCGGCUUUGUGUUUACUGGACAAGGUGCGCAAUGGCACGGUAUGGGCAAAGAACUUCUGAGCACCUACCCAGUUUUCAAGCAGACUAUGCGAGACGUGGAUGCAUGCUUGAAAUCACUCGGUGCUACUUUCUCAAUCAUAGAUGAACUGCUUUUGACUGACCCUUGCGCGAGCUCUAUCUCUGCUGCAUACAUGAGCCAGCCCGCUUGUACCGCUGUCCAGCUAGCAUUAGUUGAUUUGCUCUCAUCCUGGGGCAUUCGCCCUAAGGCAGUGGUCGGCCAUUCUAGUGGAGAGAUUGCAGCAGCUUACGCGGCGGGCAUUCUCAAGCUCGAAGAAUGUGUUCGCGUGGCGUACUCUCGUGGUGUCGCAGCAAACCUGAUUGCAAAUGACAAGUCUAUCAAGGGAGGUAUGUUGGCGGUUGGAGCCAGCGCCUCAGACAUUCAGCAAAUCUUGGAUGCUAUGCGAGGGAAUCAGGCUGUUAUUGCCUGUGUGAACAGCGAGUCGAGCGUGACUCUGUCUGGAGAUGCGGAGGUCAUUACCGAUCUGCAGACUGCCUUGGACAAAGAAGGGAUCUUCACCCGAAGACUGCAGGUCGAUGUUGCUUACCACUCUCACCAUAUGAAGAUUGUGUCGCAGGAGUAUCGAUACCUGCUUGGCAAGAUUGCUCCUCGCAACUCCGAAGUCCCAUUCCAUUCCACCGUUCAUGGAAAAUUGAUCCCAGGAAGCGCUUUGGAUGCCUCCUACUGGGUCGAUAAUCUGGUCUCCCGUGUGGAGUUUGUUGAGGGUAUAAAGAGCCUUGUCACGGAUGAGCAGGCAAAUGCGUCAAUUACCACAUUAGUCGAAAUCGGCCCUCACCCUGCCCUGCAAACACCUGUCAAAGACAUUGUCCAGAAAUACGCCCCGAACUCUAAUGUGCAAUAUCUUCACACCUUGAAACGCAAGGUAGAUGGCAUCGAGGCUGUCCAAAACCUCGCUGGCUCGCUGUUCACACAGGGCAUGAAUCUCAACUUCCAGGCUAUCAACUUCCCCAACUUGAAAACCACGACAAGGAAGCCAGCUGUUUUGACAAAUCUGCCUAAGUAUCCAUGGAACCACUCAGAAAGAUACUGGUUUAGCUCACGGCUAGGUGAUAACCAUUUCCAUCGCCAAUUCCCUCGGAGUGAUAUCCUUGGUUCAUUGUCCAUGGAGAAUGUCGACUUUGAGCCUCGAUGGAGGAACAUCAUUCGUGCAGAUGACCACCCUUGGAUCUGCGAGCACAAAGUACAUGACCGCACUGUGUAUCCAAUGACCGGGUUUUUGGCCAUGGCCAUGGAGGCUAUCUCACAACACGCACAGCUGCACCAUGUUACUCCUGGAAAGAUCGAUAUCCGCGAUAUCUUCAUCAACCGUGUCCUCACUAUCCCGGACAAUUCAUCGGUGGAGACAAUGCUCAGCUUGAAACCAUCCCGAUCGGAAGCCCCUAGCAAAUCCGUCCUCGGCUGGCACGAGUUCAAGGUCUCCUCAUGGGCCGAGGGUCGUGGAUGGGAUCAACACUGCAAUGGUUUGAUCAUGGUGCAAGAAGCCAAGGACGUGAACCCUGUCGAUGGGUCUCGACAACAGCUAGAGAAGACCGCAUGCUUCACCCAGCAAGCAUUGAACAUUCGAAAUUCAUGUAACCUGCCCGUUGACAGUAAUUUCCUCUACGAGAACAUCGCCAGCGGUGGUGUCCAUUACGGUCCUCUUUUCCAAGGACUCACCGAUAUCUCUGUGAGCAGGGAUGAUCUAGCAAUGGCUACCUUCCGUAUCCCAGACACGAAGGCAGCGAUGCCCCACGGGCAUGAGACCCCCUGCAUUGUGCACCCUGUCACACUUGAUCUAUGUAGUCAAGUCAUGUGGCUCCUUCGUGGAUACGGCGAGCCUGGGCCGCAAAUCACCCAUGUGCCGUCGCAUGUCAAACAGGUUUCCGUUUCGUUGUGCCACGAAAUAAGUGCUGGUACUCUACUGCAACUCUAUGGUAGCAAGUCAGGAAAUGAAUCCGCAAGCAACCCUGAGACCAACCGCAUAUUCGCCACCGCUCCCAGCAACCCAGCGAAUUUGGUGAUUGACAUCAAUGGCAUCACUUUGGUGCCAGUAUCGAACGACAUCAAAGGCUCAAAAGACACUUCGCCUGAUCAGAUUUGCUACAAGAUGCAAUAUGAGCCCUGCUUCGAUUUCCUCUCCGCCGAAGAUUAUCGGCAGCUUGCUCGCCCCGAGACUGAUACGGCUCAAGGGAUUGAGCGCAUGCACCGACUCGAAUCUGUGGCAGAGCACUACCUCGCACAGAUGGUCAAGACUGUGACGGAAGACGAGUUGUCGACCUUCGAGCCCCAUCAUCAGAAAUUCUAUCGUUGGGCCCAGAACACUUGCCAAAAGGCGGGCUUCAAAGAUGCCUUGCCCCUUGAUGUCCUUGAACAGAACCGAAUAGUCAAUGGAGCAGGUGAGUUGACAUUCAGAGUAGGAGAGUUGCUUCCUCAAAUCCUCAGGGGCAAGGUAGACGCCUUGACUGUACUUCUGGAGGAUGACGGAAUCGGAAAACACUACAGUGACCUUGACGCUCUUCGUGAGGCUUACGCCAAUGCCUCUGUCUGCAUUGACAAGAUGGCACAUCAAAACCCUACACUCAACAUCAUUGAGAUCGGUGCUGGAACAGGUGGUGCCACCAUGCCUAUCUUGCAGAGUCUGGGCGGAGGCGAAGGAGGAUCUACGCCUCGGUUCGGCCACUACACUUACACUGACAUCUCUCCCGGCUUCUUUGAAAAAGCCAAGACAAAGUUCGAAAGCUGGGGACACCUCAUGACAUACCAGACACUCGAUGUAUCGGCUGAUCCCACUGGCCAAGGCUUCACUAAUGGCACAUAUGACGUUGCGGUUGCUUGCAACGUGCUGCAUGCUACUUCCGACAUCAGCCAGACAAUGGCAAACAUCCGAAGCCUUUUGAAGCCUGGUGGCAAGCUCAUACUUAUUGAGGAAACCGUGCCCAAGGCACGACACUUCCCGUUCGCACUCCUUCCUGGGUGGUGGCUGGCCAAUGACAAAUUCCGCAAGGAUGGACCCCUCCUCACCGUCGAAGGGUGGAGCAACGUGAUGAAGGAGAAUGACUUCUCUGGGGUUGACCUGUGUGUUGAGGAGUACCCUGCAGCAUCGUUCCAAUCUGGUUGUCUCGUGACAUCCACCGCUAAUGCCCCAAUAACCGGUCCAGCAAACGCCGGCGAUGUUGUGAUUCUUGGCAGUGACUCGAUCGGCAGCGUAUCAUCCCUUAGCCUUGAAUCUGGUCUCAGGAAGAUAACUGGCGUUGAGCCCAUCACUGCUACGGACUCUGACGAGGUUGAUAUCACCGGGAAGUGGUGUAUUUUCCUUGGGGGAAUGGAUCGCUCGAUCCUGUCGCACCUCACUCAAGAAAAAUUCGAGACGUUGCAGCGUCUUCUGAGUCGGGCCCGAGGUCUACUGUGGGUUGUUCGUCACAGCAAAUCUGACCUGGAAUCUCUUGGUGCGAAUAUGGCAAUCGGACUGGCUCGCACUGUGAGAUCAGAGACCGGCCUCCAAUUCGCCACCCUUGACCUGGGAGAGCGGGAAACCAUGUCCGACGCUGAGGCCGUGGACCACAUGCUCAAGGUAUUUAACGGAAUUUUCUGUCAGAAAUCGCAACUGGCCCAGAACGACUGGGAAUUUGUUGUCCGAAAUGGCAAUGUCUGUGUGCCCCGUUUGGUUGACAACAACGCAUUGAACCUCAGUGUCCAGCAAGAGGCGCCAGAUGCGCCUCCUCAGAUGCAGCCUUUCAAACAAGAUCGGGCUUUGCGACUUGCUGCCGGAGACGGGAGGGGCCUCGAUGAGCUUUACUUCACAGACGAUGUUUCCCGCAAUGGAGCCCUACUGGAAGACCACAUUGAGAUCCAGGUCCACAGCACCGGUCUCAACUUCAGAGAUGUCCUAAUGGCCAUGGGCCAACUUCAAGGCGAUAGACUUGGACAGGAAUGUAGUGGAGUCGUGACUCAAGUGGGAGCUGCGGUGUCCGACUUCAAGAUUGGAGAUCGAGUGUGUGCAAUGUCACCAGGUUCACUGUCGACUUUCACUCGCUGUCCGGCGUCUGGAUCCUGGGUAAUUCCCGACGAUAUGCCAUUCGAGAUCGCAGCUUCGAUUCCAGCUGUGUUUUGUACUGCCUACUACUCUCUCAUUGACCUGGGGCGACUGACCAAAGAUGAAAGCGUCCUGAUCCACGCCGCGGCGGGAGGAGUCGGACAAGCCGCAAUUAUUAUUGCCCAGAGCGUCGGAGCUAAUAUUUUCGCAACCGUUGGCAGUCUCGAGAAGAAAAACUUCCUCAUGGAAACUUACCAGCUCAAGGAAGAAAAUAUCUUCUUCAGUCGUGACAUAUCAUUUGCUCAAGGUAUUCAGCACGCCACUGCUGGUCAGGGUGUGGAUGUUGCUCUUAACUCGCUUAGCGGCGAUGCUUUGCAAGCAACAUUCGAGUGUGUUGCGCCGUUUGGUCGCUUCAUUGAACUGGGCAAGCGAGAUAUUACGACAAACUCUCGAUUGGAGAUGGCUCACUUCAACAAGAACAUCUCUUUCGCAUCUGUUGACUUGGGGAUGGUCAGAGAGAAGCGGCCGCAAUUGACGAAGCGGCUGCUGCGUGAUGCGUUCAAGCUGUUUGUUGAGACUAACGCCCAGUCAAGGUGGUUUGUCACCACUCUUCCCAUCUCAGACGUUGUGAUUGGAUUCCGGGCGCUGCAGGGUGGACAGGUGAUCGGCAAAAUGGUCGUCCAGGUCACGGAUGACUCCAUGGUCAAGGUCCACCCCGCUAGAAGAGACGAACAUCUUCUCCGCGCAGACGCUUCAUAUAUCAUCGUCGGGGGAACCGGCGGCAUCGGUCUCGACAUUGCCAGUUGGCUACCAGAGAAGGGAGCCAAGAACAUUAUCCUGGUUUCUCGAAGUGGUGUUAAGACUGAAACGGCGGAGCACGCUAUCCAGGAUCUUACUCGCCAAGGUGUCAAUGUGGAAGUCUGUCGCUGCGAUGUGGCGGAUAGCCAGAGCGUGCAGCAAAAUCUUGUUCCGCUCCUCGCUCGCAUGCCUCCCGCUCGUGGUGUUGUGUUCGGUGCUAUGGUUCUCCGCGAUACCCUCUUUGAAAAGCUUAGUUUCGCGGACUACCAGACCGUGAUGAUGCCCAGAGUGCACGGAAUCUGGAACGCUCAACGGGCAUUGACAACAACUAGUGGGAGCGUGGAUUUCUUCGUUAACCUCUCCUCCGCCGCUAGUUUCGUUGGUAAUAUGGGCCAAUCCCCCUAUGCAGCCAGUGGAACAUUCAUGGCAGCGCUCGCCCAGUACCCCGAGACAGCCAAGAUGCGCUGUUCAACAAUCGAUCUGCCCAUUGUGCGCGGAGUCGGAUACCUCUCCGACGACCAGAAGCGGGAAGCAAUCUCCAAACAACUCGGCACGGAGUCCGUCGACGCAACAGAUAUCCGUGGUCUUGUUACUGCAGCGAUCCGCAACGAGUUCGAUGUUUCAUGCGAGGGCCACUGCGUGGUUGGAUUUGAAGCCGUCAAAUCCACACCGGUCAGUGAACAGCCCUUUUGGGUAAACGAUACCAAAUUGUCGCAUCUGUUGCGCCUCUCCACUCUCGCUGGCGCGGGUGAAUUGGCCGAGUCUGCGCAGAACAGCACCGAGAUUUCCCCCGCACUUGCUAUCCGGCAAUCGAAGGCCCGCGAAGGGGCUGAGGCCAUCAUUGGGACUGCUGUGCUCAACAAGAUCUCUAGCAUUCUUAUGCGUCCGAUGGAAGACCUUGAUCCUGCUGCGCCUAUCACUGUUUAUGGUCUGGAUUCGCUGGUCGCCAUUGAGAUCAGAAACUGGAUCACCCGUGAGUUGGAAGCUAAUUUGCAGAUUCUGGAGAUUUUGACCAGUGAAUCUGUCCCGGCUCUUGCUGAGACGAUUCUCAAGAAAUCUGGUAUACUUACCCCAGAUCUCAAGGCUGAGUGGGGUCUCGAUGUGGUUGAAGGCUGGACCGGCCAAGAAUGA